AUGCAGGGCUUCAACAUGGGACGCUACGUCCCUCCCGACCUCGAAGGCACCACCUCCGGCAACAAGCUCAACAAGAAACAUGCCCUCGGCAACCGCGCCUCCAAGCUCGCCUCCCACGGCAUCCUCACCGUGCGCUUCGAAAUGCCCUUCCCCAUCUGGUGCGCGCACUGCCCCAAGCCCACCAUCGUCGGCCAGGGCGUGCGCUUCAACGCCGAGAAGAAGCGCGUGGGCAAUUACUUGUCCACGCCGAUAUGGAGUUUCCGGUUCCGCCAUGUCGAGUGCGGCGGGUGGAUCGAGAUGCGCACCGAUCCGAAGAACACGGCGUAUGUUGUUGUCGAGGGGGCCACGAAGCGGGAUACCGGCGAUGCUGGGGACGAAGGGGGAGCUAUUCUGACGGAGAGCGAGAGGGAGGAGUUGAGGAAGAAUGCGUUUGCGAGCCUGGAGAAGACGAUUGCGGACAGGAAGCAGCUUGAGAUGGCGGCGGAGCGGCUCGACGACUUGGAGGACCUGUCGAGACGGCACUGGGACGAUCCGUAUGGGCGGAAUCAGAGGCUGAGAAGGGCGUUUCGCGUGGGUCGCAAGGAGAGGGAGAAGACGGCCGCCGCGACGGAGGAUUUGAAGGAGAGGAUGGGGCUGGGGAUGGAACUGUUGCCGGAGAGGGAGGAGGAUGCUAAGAGAGCUGCGUUGGUGGACUUUGGAUCCAGGCCGGAUGGCGAGGGUGAGGAGGACAGGGCGCUCUCUAAGCCUUUAUUUGCAUCAACAACGACGACGACGAGUUCAAGAGUCAAAACACAACAGAGACCAUCGUCGUCCUUGGCCAUGAAGGACACUAGGCUCAAGGCUGAGAAGGAAGCGUCGAGGAGAAAAGAGACGUUUGUCGCAGACGUCAUUUCCAACACGCGAGCAGCGCAGGACCCCUUUCUCAUUCAGCCCAACGACAAGGCGGCCAACAGUAGACCGUUUCUAGGCAUCGUCAGGAAGAGGAAGCGGGCUGACGGCGAAUCAGACGAUGGGCCCGAAACGAAGGCUGCGAUGCCGGUCAGCGGAGGACUGGUGCAGUAUGAUUCUGAUUAA